CAUAUAUUCCAAUACCCACCAGCAUUGCAAUACUAUUACACUCCUCAUGUUGGGCCAAAAAGUCUGGUUGAUUACUGGGACAUCUUCUGGUUUUGGUCGUCGUCUUACGAGCCUUGCGCUUGCAAGAGGGGAUCGCGUUAUCGCAACAGCUCGCACACUGAGCAAAAUUGAACAUUUCCCCCAGCACCCAAACCUUCAUCUUAUGCAGCUUGAUGUCAAUGCUGGCACAAAGGAAAUUAAAACGCGAAUAGAUCACGCCGCUCGUGUAUGGAAUGGCAUUGAUGUCUUGGUCAAUAAUGCAGGCUACGGGUUGCCUUCACUUCUUGAAGAAGGAGGCGCUUCGCUUAUGCUCCGUCAGUUUCAAACAAAUUUUUUCGGGGUGGUUAAUGUUUGCAAUGCAGCGUUACCACACAUGAGAAAGAAACGCAAUGGUACAGUUGUGGUCAUCGGCAGCAGGAGUGCAUGGAAGCCGGAAACCAGAGGCCUUGGGUUUUAUGCUGCAAGCAAAGCCGCUGUACAUACGAUGAGUGAAUCAUUGGCAUCAGAGCUGGAGCCAUUCAAUAUCCGGGUACUACUCGUGGAGCCAGGAUCAUUCCGCACCGAGGGCAUCCUCGGUCACCCGUGGGACUGCUCCAAUCCUAUCCCAGAUUAUGACGAACAGCGUGCUGAUGGACGUGUGAACUUCUCUAAGCCUGCUGGGAAACAACCAGGCGAUCCAGACAAGGCUAUGAAAAUUGUUGUAGAUGUGGUGAAAGGGGAGGGCUGCGCUGCAGGCCGGGAAUGGCCUCUAUAUCUUGUACUAGGCAAGGAUGCAGAGGUCGAUAUUAGAAACAAGUGUGCCAAGGUUCUGAAGCACCUUGAUGAUUGGAGUGACGUUAUCAGAGGAGUUGACGUGGGAUGAUUCGUACGAUUUUGCACCACUACUAGACUAAACACUUCACUAUCCACUGCACCUUAGAGAUAGU